AUGGCCGACGUGUUCAACCGUGAAUGUAAGUUUCGUCGCAACAUGAACCAAAAGGAAGCCUUCAAACAACUCAGUCACCAGUUCCACACCAAGGGCACGGGAAAUAUGAAGACCGAGAAGCGUCUCAAACAGAUCGACGAAGAAAGAAGCGAGUCUAUGAGCACGCUGGAAAGUAGCCAGAACACCAGCAUGAACACUGCUGCGCAUUUUGAUGCUUUCUUUUUCUUUCUUCUCAAUGGCCAGAUACCAAAUUUACGAUAUCUAGUAUAUUAA